AUGUACCGUAUUGGUGUCGACGUCGGUGGAACCAACACCGACGCCGCCAUCCUUGAUAUCAGUGCGCUUGAGACCGACUCGCGUGGCGUGCUGGCCACCUGCAAGACUUCCACAACAUCCCACGUGACUCUGGGGAUUCAAAGUGCAGUUCGAGAGGUUCUCGCUCGGUCAAAGGUCGACAGAAGUAAAGUGUUGAAUGUCGCCAUCGGGACGACACACUUUGUAAAUGCCGUUGUUGAGAAUGAUGCCCGGAGACUUAGUCGUGUUGCCGUGGUGAGACUGUGUGGCCCUUAUACCAGGAAGAUACCCCCCUUUGCAGAUUUUCCUUAUGCAUUGAGGAACAUCAUCGAGGGUCCUGCCUUCUACCUCGAUGGAGGACUUGAGAUUGAUGGGCGGGAGAUCUCGUCUCUCGACCCUGUCCAGAUCAAAGCGACGGCAGCGGCGAUUGUGGAAGCAGGGGUCCAGUACGUUGCUGUUGUCGGAGUAUUCUCUGCGCUCGAUCAGAAUGGUCUCCAUGAAGAGAGAUGUAGAAAUCUUUUGCAACAGUUUGAACCAGGACUGUCUGUCGUCUGCUCUGGGCAGAUUGGCGGAACUGGACUCUUAACCCGCGAGAAUGCCACAAUCCUGAACGCGGCGAUCCUGGGGUUCGCUCGCAAGACGAUCCGGGGCUUCAGACUUGCCAUGUCCAAACUUGAACUCUCAUGUCCGCUGUACCUGACCCAGAACGAUGGCACGCUCACUGAUGCCGCCGUGGCGGCGGAACUGCCCAUCAAGACAUUCGCCAGUGGUCCAACAAACAGUUUGAUGGGAGCCGCCUUUCUCCAGGGGCUGGAUCAUGGUGACCAAAGACUGGCCGACAAGCAAGUCGUGGUGGUAGAUGUCGGAGGGACGACGACUGACAUCUGCUCUCUGUUGCCCUCGGGAUUUCCUCGCCAGGCGCCCAACUUCGUUGAGGUUGGCGGUGUACGCACUGCUUUCUCCAUGCCAGAAGUGCUCUCUAUCGGCCUCGGAGGAGGGAGUCGCGUGCGUAGAUCUGAGGACGACGGGAGGGUCACUGUCGGUCCCGACUCGGUCGCUCAUCGCCUCACAACCGAUGCCAUGGUGUUUGGAGGAAGUGUCAUGACUGCGACGGAUAUUGUCGUGGCUUCAAAGGCAGCAGACAUUGGUGACUACGACAAAGUCAAGAGCAUUCCUGAACAUCUAAUUGCUGGAGGGAAGGCCGACAUCAAACGACAGCUGGACCGGGCCAUCGACAAGAUGAAAGUCUCUUCUGCUCCUGUGUCUGUCCUUCUCGUCGGCGGAGGUUCAGUCAUCCUCACGGAGGACCUCGAUGGAGUAGAAGAGUGCCUUCGGCCACCUCAUCACGACUCCGCGAACGCGGUAGGCGCGGCUAUUGCGAAGGUGGCAGGGGAAGUCGACGUGAUUGAGAUAUUGGCUGGCCGAGAUGAGAUCGCCGCGAUCGAGGCAGUCAAGAAGGCGGCAAUCGAAGCCGCCAUAUCGAAUGGAGCAGACGAAAGAGACGUCAAAAUCGUCGAGAUCAAGAAAAUCCCACUACAAUAUGUCACCAACAAAGCCACGAGGUUUGUGAUGAAAGCAGUCGGGAGUCUUCGAGUCAAAGACGAAGCCGUUCAUAAUGGCGUUUCUAGUGGUAUACUCGACCAGGAGCAAGAAGCGGACAUGAACAUGGCGCAAGAGGCGAUGAAGGCCGAGACCACAAAUGUGCAGAAGGGCAGUCUGGCGAAACCGACACUGGGUGUCGAUAUUGCGAACUACCGUCCCCGUGUCGACAACGGCGUCUGGUACAUCUCUCCCAUCGAUGUGCAGCUGAUCGCUUCGGGCGCAGGGAUUCUCGGUACAGGAGGCGGUGGCUCGUCGUAUCUCAUGGCUCUGUACACACUGGGUAUUCUCCGCAAAGCCGGCCAGGGAACCAUCCGCGUCGUCCCUCUCGAAUCUCUCAAAGACGACAACACCUGUGUGUUCGGUGCUGGAUACGGCGCGCCUUCUGUGAGUGAUGAGCGCAUCAGUGCUGGCACCGACGUGUUCGCAGCCAUAGACGCCGUCAACACCAUCAUGGGCAUCAAGGACUUCCAGGGCAUCGUGGCAGAUGAGAUUGGAGGAGGCAACGGCCUUGUGACAUUUCCCAGCAGCGCUCGCUAUGAUCGACCGGUGGUUGACUGCGACUUGAUGGGUCGUGCCUAUCCAACACUUGAGCAUGGAACUCCCUAUAUCUAUGGACAGCCGGUACUGCCAUUUGCUACUGCUGAUUGUAAAGGCAACGCAUCUGUGGUUCUGGCCGCCGAAUCUAACAAGCGGGUAGAAUCGCUGACACGCCAGACGUGCAUUGAAAUGGGCAAUUCCACCGCAGCGGCUGGAAGACCUCUAUCUGGCAAGGUCAUCAAAGACUACGCCGUGCCCAACACUGUCUCUCAAGCAUGGUAUCUGGGGCGCGCCGUCCACCUAGCCAGGGAAUCCAAAAUUGAUUUUAUCGAGGCCAUUUCGAGCAUCACCCCGGUCAAGGAGCUUUACAUUGGCAAAAUCGUCGACGUAACUCGUGACAUUUCUCGCGGUUACACAGUCGGUCGAUGCAUAAUCGGCCCUUUAUCCGCCGAGGAGCAAGAUGACACCCUGAGCCCAUCAUCCACUCGCGAGAACCGUGAAAGCCGCUACCUUACCAUCCCUUUCCAGAACGAAUACCUCUCUGCAGGUUUCAUUUCGCAGUUUCCAAUCCCAUCGUCGUCCUCUGCGGACGACGAUGAGCUCGAAGAGGAGAUCAUAUGCACAGUCCCCGAUCUGAUCUCGAUCCUCGGUAGCGACGGCGAGGCUCUCGGCUCUCCCGAAUUGCGCUACGGUCUGAAAGUCCGCGUGAUAGGAAUGCCCGCCUCUCCACUGUGGACCGGGAGCGCAGAAGGGCUGCGGGUUGGUGGACCCGAGUUCUUUGGCCUAAAGUGUAGAUGGGAGGAAGUUAGGGAGAAGGGGAAGGUGAAUGGGAUGGGAGUGGGCGAGUAUAAGAGGCCGAGGAGUGUUAUCGACGAGUUCAACGUGACCACAUGA